AUGGCGGACACCGAGAAGGUGCGAAUGUGUUUGUUGAUUCCCCGCAAGAAAGGUAUCAGCAAGGAAGAGUUCUAUGAUCAUUGGGCAAAUGUUCAUGGACCUCUAGUCGCGCCAACCCUGAUCAAAUAUGGCGUUUCGAAUUAUGUACAAUUCCAUCGCAUUCCUCAUCGUGACGAGGCUAUUGGUGUUCCACCUCAGUAUGACGGGAUAGCCGAAUUCGUCUUUGAUAAAUACGAAGACAUGGAGGCGUUUUACAAAGAUCCUUUUUAUCUGGACGAGAUCCGAGCCGAUGAAUUGAGGUUCAUAGAUGUUGACAAUAUAGUCUUUAGCAUCGGAAGAGAUGUCGACGUGAUCAAGAAUGGCAAAAAUAUGUGCUCCAGUAGUAAGUCUACCGGUCAGGCGCAAGCUGCCACAGCAGUUUAG